AUGGCCGACUCCGAAGGGCGAGCAGAAGAUUCUAUAUACAUAUCCAGAGCUCCAAAGAUGCAGAGAAGUAGAGAUUUAAUAACCAGUCGUCAGCAGAGUGGCAGGGGCAAUUCAGAUUAUACAAGGAGCUAUAACGGAAACCACAGCUCAAUGUUGAUUAUCCAGCAGUCCUUCCCGAUACGCAAGAAGAUACAACAUCAAAUCCUCGGCAAAGACUCACAGUGCAACAGAACUCCUCAAGGGUAUCCAGCUGUUCUCCCUUUGAGCCCAGGGUUUGCCAAGUUCCUUCCAUUCCGGUUUUCUCAUCCCUCUAUUCUGGAACUCUUCAUCUCUGCAGAGCUAGACAGAGUGGAUGAGAUGUGA